AUGGAAUGGAACCCCAUGACCCGAGCAUUUUCACAAGAGGCGCAAACGCGACCCGUAUAUCGGCGCGGUCAUCCUACCGAUCGGGGCACCUCACGCACACAAAGUUGUCUAUACUGCGCUGUCUACCGCUACAAGAGGCGUAAGAUUUUCCCCCCUCGCCCCCCACCCCAAUCGGCGCGUGCCGCCUCCAUCGUAACCAAGACCACCCCAUACGGAUCGGCAGCUCGCGACCGCUUCCCGUCCACGUCGUCGACGGACGAGAACGAGAGCGGCACCGACUGGGAGGCGGAGGGGGGGGCGCUCAGGCCGCCCGCGCUGCCCCCCCGCCUCCCGCCCCCCCAGGGCGUGGUGGUGGGCUCGGUGCGAAAGCGGCGCGGCAACCUGCCCAAGCACUCGGUGAAGAUACUAAAGCGGUGGCUCUACGACCACCGCUACAACGCAUACCCGAGCGACGCCGAGAAGCUGGCCCUAAGCCAGGAAGCCAACCUGACCGUCUUGCAGGUGUGCAACUGGUUCAUAAACGCGCGCCGUCGCAUCCUGCCCGAGAUGAUCAGGCGCGAAGGCCACGACCCGAUGCACUAUACGAUCUCGCGACGUGGCCGAAAGCAACCCUCGGCGCUGGGCGUCCUGGGCCUGGGGGCCGGCCCUAGUUCUGGCCUUGGCCUGGCCCCUGGAAACGUGACUGUCGCCGCCUGGGGCGGAAUCGAGGUUGAGAACGUGGUCGACAACAGCCGUGGUCACGACUACGGCGAUGGUCUACUGGUCUAUCGGAACGACGAGCUCACCGAGGAGGGCUACUCGAGCGCCAUAAGCGAGGAGGAGGUCAAGUACGACCCCUCCGUUUGGCAGUCGGUGAUACGCUACGGGCCGGAAGACCGGGAACUCCAUCCGGCAGCACGCGGAGUUGGCGGUGUGGUCACGGUCAGCUCGACGAGUGUGGACGGUGGUGGAGGUUGGGCGCCGCAGCCACCGCGCUUGCUUCAGCCGCGCCACCCGCAGGGGAGCACGCCGCCGCCGCCGGUGGCCAUGGAGCUGGAGGUGGCCACUUCGGACAUGUGGUGCCACGACCACAGGGCUGACACA